CCCGCUCCGCUCCACAGGCUGCCGUGGUCGCUCCGCUGCAGGUCGGGCUCUGCGGCUCCCGGUUCUCCCCUCUGCCUGCAUGUGCGUUGGAACUGCUUCCCUCAGUGCAGGAGUUAAAGUGCCCUCCCACAACCAUGGCCGAUGAGGACCUUAUCUUCCGUAUGGAAGGGAUUGAUAAUGCUAGAUUGACCGAAGUGACCUCUGGAAAUUACCUGGAUGCAGACAGUGAUGAUGAAGACAACUAUUACAUCUGCCCAAUAACUGAUGAUCCAGUUUCUAACAAGUCUGCCAGUAGUAAAGUUGACAGUUAUUAUAGCAACUUAGCCAAAACCGAGCAGUACAGUUCUAGCUCUUCUCCUAGAAACUCCUUUAACUACAAGAGUGACACACAGCAUCGCUCUAAGCACGGCUCUGUGGUUGACCGUAGUCGGGAAACCUGGAAACAUGCUAUUGAGAAAGCUAAGCACAUGCCUGAUCCUUGGGCAGAAUUUCAUCUUGAGGACAUCGAGACAGAACACGGCACUCGCUACAGGUACAAUACAGUUACUGGGGACUGGGUUGAAGAUGAAGUUCUCAUCAAGAUGGCUUCACAACCCUUUGGCCGUGGAGCAAUGCGAGAAUGUUUCAGAACGAAAAAGUUGUCCAACUUCUUACACACUCAGAACUGGAAAGCUGCCUAUAACUACGUUGCCAAGCGGUACAUAGAGAGUGUAGGCAGGGAGGUGUAUUUUGAGGAUGUCCGACUUCAGAUGGAAGCAAAGCUCUGGGGAGAAGAGUACAACCGGCACAAACCACCCAAGCAGGUGGACAUAGUACAGACCUGUAUAAUCGAAAUGAAGAACAGACCCGGAAAGCCUCUCUUUCACGUGGAACACUACAUUGAGGGCAAAUACAUCAAAUACAACUCAAAUUCUGGAUUUGUGCGAGAUGACAACAUUCGUCUCACUCCGCAAGCCUUCAGUCACUUCACAUUUGAGCGCUCAGGACAUCAACUCAUUGUUGUCGAUAUCCAGGGAGUCGGAGAUCUUUACACAGACCCUCAAAUCCAUACAGAGAGUGGUACAGAUUUUGGAGAUGGCAACCUAGGUGUUCGAGGUAUGGCCUUAUUCUUUCAUUCCCAUUCCUGUAACAAGAUUUGCAAAAGCAUGGGCCUUGCACCGUUUGACCUUUCAUCCAACGAAAAAGAUGCCUUGGAUAAUAGUAACAAAUUGCUUGAAUCAGCUCAGACAAUUCUGCGUGGCACAGAGGAGAAAUGUGGCAGCAGCAGGGUGAGAACCAUCUCUGGUAGUCGGCCUCCCCUGCUCUCCCGCCUGUCUGAGAACUCUGGAGAUGAAAGCAUGAGUGAUGUGGCAUUUGACUCUCUGCCCUGCUCUCCUUCUUCUGCAACCCCCCACAGCCAAAAGAUGGACAUGCUUCAUUGGCCCGUGUUCAAUGAAGUAGAUAAUUUGGUUCACAAAGACUGUGAUCAGCUUGACAACCAAAGGGAUUUUGAAAAUGGUGGAGACAGUGGAUAUCCCAGUGAGAAGAGAAGCGAGCUAGAAGAUCUGGAUCAUAGAGAGAAGGGCCAUUCAAACAACAACCGAAGACAUGAAUCUGAUGAAGACAGUUUGGGAAGCUCUGCAAGGAUAAGUGUGGAGAAAUGGAAUCUCUACAAUUCUUCCAGAGUCCACAUCCACAGACCAUCCUGCGUUGCUCAAGAAAUUCAGAGGCUCAAUGCACUAGAACUUGAAAAGAAAAUUGGGAAGUCAAUCCUUGGGAAGGUUCAUCUGGCCAUGGUUCGUUACCAUGAGGCUGGGCGUUUCUGUGAGAAGGACAAGGAUUGGGAUCGUGAGUCAGCCCUGUUCCACCUGGAGCACGCUGCAGACUGCGGGGAGCUGGAAGCCAUUGUGGGGUUAGGACUCAUGUGCUCUCAGCUGCCACAUCACAUUCUUUCCGAGGUCACUUUAGAGGACACAAAGGAGAACAGAAAAAAAGGAUUUGAUUACUUGCUGAGAGCAGCAGAAGCUGGAGACCGGCCUUCCAUGAUUCUGGUAGCAAGAGCAUACGAUACAGGUGUCAAUCUUGGUUCAGACAGAGAACAGGAUUGGAAGGAAGCUCUGUACUGGUACAACGCUGCCCUGAACAUGACUGACUAUGAUGAGGGAGGUGAAUAUGAUGGCACUCAGGAUGAGCCCCGGUAUCUGCUCCUGGCCAGGGAAGCAGAGAUGCUAAUGACAGGAGGGUUCCACCUGGACAAGGACCCACAGAGAUCAGGUGAUCUCUACACAGAAGCAGCAGAAGCAGCAAUGGAAGCAAUGAAGGGCAGACUGGCAAAUCAGUACUACCAAAAAGCAGAAGAGGCUUGGGCAAUGAUGGAAGAAUGACACUGCAAUUAAGCAGUUCUUGUAGAUAAACUUUUUUAAAAGACUUACUAUGUUUGCAGCUAAAAAGAUAUAUUUUUGUGGCGUUAGCAGUUUUUUGUACUUUAGUUUUCUAACUUCUUUUGAAAUACAAAUGCAGCUGGGAUGUAGGUUACUAUAGCGUAUUUCAGUCAAGCGUUUUAAAGCUGUAGAACAGACACUCUGGACCUUUAAUAUAGCUAUAUUUUUAACUGUUAGAACAGAGAAGGCUGAUUUUUUAAAUUUUUUUUAAUUUUUUAAUUUUUUUUUUAAUGAAAAGUGAAGCCGAAGACUGCUUGGGUUUCACAUGUCCUGCUUUAUACGCAGCUACUGCUCAGUGUGUUUACAUUUUUCUUCUCUCCCCACAUACAAGAUAAAUAAAUUUUCCUACAUUCACAGCAUUUCUUCAUUGUUGGUGUAUCACACCAAACUUGCAUGUGAAUGUAAGUGUGCAGUAUAAGCACAUAAAGCAUGCAGCUCCCCCUAGUAACUAAUCCCAUUCUUUCAGUGGGUGCUGAUUUAUUCUCAAAUUAAUUUUAGAUAGAGUCUUUAGAGUUUGGAGAGGGGGAGGAAAAAAGGCUUCAGAAUGACAGUGAGGUUAUUCAGAGUGGAAUAUGUGUUGUUGCCACCACUGCAUGUUUUACCAUCAGAAAAACAUCAGUGAUCCUAAGGAGGUGAGGCAUCCAGCUACCUCUCUCAUUCUCACACUUUGUACAGUAUAACAACCUCACUGUGUAGAAUUCUACUGAUCUCAUGUAGUAGUUUUUGCCCAGUGAUUUACAGUAGAAUGAUCUGUACUAUAUGGGUAAUAUAUAGUUAAUUUUACAGAGACAUCUCAGUUCUCAGCAAAGCGAGAACAUCUCACUUCAAAUGAGAAUACCAGUACCAAUACCCAGCAUUUCCAGAGGGAUAUUUGUAAAACGUAGGUGAUGUUGAUUUACCUGUAUCUAUGUAUAGAAAAUAAUUUACCUGGUUUAAACGGCUUUGUGUGUUUUAUCUGCUCUCUUAUGGUUCAUAUAGUAACUUCACAUGAUGCUUUGAUAGAUUUGAGCUGACUGAUAAAGGAUAUAUGCAAGUAUAUAUGUAAAUUUCCA